ACUUGAGAUGAUGUACGCUUUACUUUCUGCCAUCAUAUUUUGUUUGCUGUAUUAUGGAGUGAUCCUAUGGCUAUAUUAUCAGUAUGAAAAGCAUAAACAGAAGAGCCGUGUUUUUCCUUUCACUUCCAAGUUUGUGCAGCACGAAUUUUUCAGAAAACUGUUGUGUUCGGAGAAUGGUAAUGAUAGGUCUCUCAGAGCACUGUUCAUUACAGCGCACCCGGACGAUGAGUGCAUGUUUUUCGCACCGGCUAUAAUUCAACUACGGAAGCUAGGCUUUAAAGUGUAUUUGUUAUGCUUAUCUACAGGGAACUACAACAGUGAAGGGGAAACUCGGAAGAAAGAGCUACAAAAAAGUUGCAGUGUCUUAGGAAUUCCAUCUGAUUGUUUGACCAUCAUCGAUCACAGUGGCCUGCAGGAUGACCCUGUGGCUGAGUGGGAAACAGAGCUCAUUUCAUCUUUCAUACUUACGCAUGUGAAGAAUAAUUCUAUUCAGUUGGUUCUAACAUUUGACGCAGGUGGAGUUAGUAGACAUGCGAACCACAUCGCCCUCUUCAAGUCACUCAGCUUCCUGUCAGCUAGCAGGCAGUUACCUGAAGGCUGCUGUGCAGCUGUCUUGGAAACAGUGAAUAUUUUCAGGAAGUACCUCUCUGUUUUGGAUGCACCAGUCAGCUGGUUAAGGACUCCAGAUUUACUAUUUAUUUUAACGAGAAAGGAGUAUGAAGAAGCCAAGAUUGCAAUGCGUUGCCAUCGCAGCCAGAUGUUGUGGUUCCGUUACAUGUAUGUUCUGUUUUCACGUUACAUGCUGAUCAAUACCUACAAAUGCCUCUCUGAAGAGCAGAAGAUCAGGAAACAGGAGUAAUAUUGGGAUUGUAAAGCAGCAAAAACUAACAGUAAAAGCAGAGAGAAAUUAGUCAACAAAAUGAACAGAAGUAUGGUGUGUAAAAACACAGUGGUGUUGGGCCCAUUUAUUUGCAACGGUCAUAUUUUUCCAUGCAUCCUUGCCUCCACUCUGUAAAAUGUAUUACACCUUGUAUGGGAGUCCUACAGUGUUGCACUAUUUUGUGCUUGGAGCCGAUGCUAUGGUGCAGGUCACUUUGUUAUACACUCAUGAAAUAUGCUGUUUGCAAAAAUUGAUUGUGAAUUUCUAUAAAGGCCAAUAAAAAACAAAAUCCUUUUAAAA